CGCCACAUCGAUGCUCGACGGAUAAGGCAACGCUCUGUCUGCCUGCCGGCCCGUCGAUUUUUACAGUUGGCAUUUCCCUUUCAAUCAAAAUACAACCAUAAGUGUACUUAGCAGGCAAAAGAACCACGGUACUGAAAUUCAUUGCUCGCUGGAAAUGUUGUUGCAGUCGUAGAACGUGUGUUGGAACUAGAAAAGGACGAAGACUUAGGGGGAAAAAAAUUAGCCACGUGUGUGGCUGCUUACGAAGCUAUGGUUCAGCGUGCAUCCGGGACUCCUUCCAGGGAUGGAAAGGAACUUCCUGAAACGCCUAGAAAACCUGCCAAUCUCUCCCCAGAAAUAUGGAACGCCAUGACUCUAGCACGAAAAAAGAUGGCGUCGGCUGAACAGCCGUGUUACACGUUGAUUAACAUACCAAACGAUUCGGAACCACCAAACGAAAUCCAACUCAAGAAUGACUUAGAAAAGGGUGACCUGAAGCUGAAAGCUGAAGCUUUGAAAAAGACCAUUCACCUGAUGCUAAACGGCGAAAAGUUUCCGUCCCUGCUGAUGACGAUCAUCCGUUUCGUGCUGCCCCUCCAAGAUCACACCAUUAAGAAACUGCUACUUGUCUUUUGGGAGAUAGUUCCAAAAACUACCACUGAUGGCAAACUGCUCCAACAGAUGAUACUGGUGUGCGAUGCAUACCGUAAGGACCUGCAACAUCCAAACGAGUUCAUUCGAGGUUCAACACUGCGUUUCCUUUGCAAGCUGAAAGAAGCCGAGCUUCUUGAACCUCUCAUGCCAGCGAUUCGAGCAUGCCUUGAACACAGACAUUCCUAUGUGCGACGAAAUGCUGUUCUUGCUAUCUUUACUAUUUACAAGAAUUUUGACUUUUUGAUUCCUGAUGCACCAGAGUUAAUUUCCAACUUCCUCGAAACUGAACAAGACAUGUCUUGCAAGCGCAAUGCUUUCAUGAUGCUCAUUCAUGUUGAGCAAGAGCGUGCCCUCAACUACCUGGGCUCGUGUAUCGACCAGGUGCAUACCUUCGGUGACAUCCUGCAGCUUGUUAUUGUGGAACUCAUCUACAAGGUGUGUCAUUCCAACCCUUCGGAGAGGUCACGUUUUAUCCGUUGCAUAUACAACCUCCUCAACUCAAAUAGCCCCGCAGUACGCUAUGAGGCUGCUGGAACACUUGUCACUCUGUCCACAGCUCCCACAGCAAUCAAGGCUGCAGCCAGCUGCUACAUCGAGCUCAUCGUAAAGGAGAGCGACAAUAAUGUGAAAUUGAUUGUGUUGGACCGUCUUAUCGCCCUGAAAGAUAUACCUUCGCAUGAAAGGAUCCUACAAGACCUUGUGAUGGAUAUCCUCAGGGUGCUUGCGGCAUCUGACUUAGAAGUUCGCAAGAAAACAUUAAAUCUUGCAUUGGACUUGGUUUCAUCUAGGAAUGUUGAAGAGAUGGUGCUGGUCCUGAAAAAAGAGGUGACCAAAACAAACAGUGCAGUGGAGCAUGAAGACACGGAAAAAUACAGACAACUGCUCGUGAGAACGUUGCAUUCGUGCUGCGUGCGAUUCCCUGAUGUAGCCCAUGCUAUCAUCCCAGUACUCAUGGAGUUCCUUUCCGACACCAAAGAAAAUGCAGCUGCCGACGUUCUGGUGUUUAUCCGUGAGGCGAUGCAACGGUUCGAGCAGCUGCGCAGCCUCAUCACCGCCAAGUUGCUCGAGGUCUUUGGAAGCAUAAAGACUUCCGAAAUUCAUAGAGGGGCUCUCUGGCUACUGGGCGAAUACUGCAACAGUGUGGAAGAUAUCCAAAGCGUCAUGACUGAAACCCGACAGGCCCUAGGAGAUUUGCCACUUGUUGAUGAUGAACUGCGAAAGGCAGCAGGAGGAGACACGGAAGAAAAGGAAGAUUCUGCUAUGACAGGGACAGUUCAGCGACUUGUAACGGCCGAUGGCACAUACGCAACACAAAGUGCUUUCAGCACUGCACCUUCCUCCACAGCAUUGCAAGCAAAACAUCCACCCCUCCGUGGCUACCUGAUGGAGGGUGACUUCUUCAUUGGAGCUGCUCUUGCAUCCAGCUUGACCAAGUUGGCCGUACGCUACAUGACUUUAGUACCAGAUGGAAGAAAGCAAAAUGCAUUUACUGCUGAAUGUAUGCUGAUCAUGACCUCAGUUUUACACUUGGGAAAGUCUGGACUACCAACUAAGGCUAUCAACGAUGAUGAUGCUGAUCGUAUCUGCUUGUGUCUGAAGAUCCUCUCUGAACGUUCAGCCACGCUCAGCACAAUCUUUGGCACAGAGUGCAGGAGGGCACUUUCAGCAAUGCUGGCUGCUAAAAUGGAGGAAGAGAUGGAAACUCAAAAGGCUAAGCAGGUGAAGGGUGUUACAGUCCAUGCGGAUGACCCAAUAUCCUUUGGACAGUUGUCUGCAAGGAACAACACCGCAGGCACAGAGAAUAUGUUUGAGCUGAGCCUGCACGCUGCGAUGGGGUUGAACAAGCGAAAUGGCGGAGAUGACCUUCUUUCAACGUCCAAGUUGUCAAAGGUAGCACAGCUGACUGGAUUCUCUGACCCUGUCUACGCUGAGGCGUACGUGCAUGUCAAUCAGUACGACAUUGUGCUCGAUGUGCUAGUAGUGAAUCAGACUGCUGACACACUUCAGAACUGCACCCUCGAACUGGCAACACUUGGUGACCUGAAGUUGGUAGAGAAACCAACACCUGUUGUGCUGGCACCACACGACUUUUGCAACAUCAAGGCAACAGUAAAAGUUGCUUCUACGGAAAAUGGCAUUAUCUUUGGCAACAUUGUGUAUGACGUGAGCGGUGCGGCAAGCGAUCGAAACGUGGUAGUGCUGAGUGAUAUUCACAUCGACAUCAUGGACUACAUCAUACCAGCAUCGUGCACUGACAACGAGUUCCGUCGAAUGUGGGCAGAGUUUGAAUGGGAAAAUAAGGUUUCUGUGAACACAUCACUCUGUGACCUUCCAACAUACUUGAAGCAUGUCAUUCGUUCCACGAACAUGAAGUGCUUAACACCCGAGAAGGCCCUGUCUGGGGAGUGCGGUUUCAUGGCUGCCAACCUCUAUGCCCGCUCCAUCUUUGGAGAAGACGCCUUGGCAAAUGUUAGCAUUGAAAAGAAUCCGAACAAUCCUGAUGCCCCAGUCGUUGGCCAUAUCAGGAUUCGUGCUAAGAGUCAGGGCAUGGCAUUGAGCUUGGGAGACAAGAUCAACACAGCACAAAAAUCUUCUCCUAAAAGUGGAGCAUGAGUAACCAGGCCUGUAAAUCAGCCAGUUUAACCCUGUAAUUAUAAAUAAAGUAUUAUUGCUUUA